ACAGCCGGACAGCCCACCCCUGAACCAGAAGGGGAGCUGCCUCAUCCUCCUCGAAGCAGUGAGAGGCUCUCGCUCCUCCUCUCGACGCCUCCUCCCCGUCCUCGCGCCGACGCGUCCGUUCGGUCCUCGGCAGUUGGCACGGAGGAGCUGCCCCGCGUGCGCUCCCCAUGCUUCUGCAGCGUGGGGCCCCUCCCUGCGCUCCGCGGGCUCCGUCCAGUGGGCUCUGCGGAGGCGGCAGCUCUCCGGCGGCGCAAUGCUGCAUCCCCCUCAGCUGGGCAUGCUUCCUGCGGCCGACCAAGGAGAAUAGCAGAGGGGCUCUCAGUUACCAGAUGAAAAACUGCAGAUUGAGGCCAGCCUUUGCUUUGGAAACUGGUGGGCCAUCUAACACUGAUGGCCAAGAUUUUGAUGAGGACAGUGGCUUCCUUGGUAGGACAAGGCUGGGCAGACUCAUCCAAGCCGCUGGAAGGGAGCUACUUGAAAAGCUGAACUCUGGCAGUACCAACUCCCCCACAAAGAUAUUCCUCGUCCUCCUUGGCUUCUACACUGCCAACGCCUUGGCAACAAUACUAGGGCAGACUGGCGACUGGGAUGUUCUUGUUGCUGCUGUUGUAGUGGCUGCCAUUGAGGGAAUUGGCAUGCUUAUGUACAGAAAACCAAUCGCCAGGCCUCCUGGGAGGCUUCAGAAAUUGAUUUCGAUGGUGAACUACUGGAAAGCCGGUGUAUGUCUGGGCCUUUUCGUGGACGCCUUCAAGGUGGGUAGCUGAGUUACGCUGUCAUCUUCUGCUAUGUGCCUACAAGUAAUGUUGGUGGUACACUGGGAUCAUGAUAACACCAGGAUAUGGUUCCGCGAUAGCCAUUGCCUAUUGCUCAAAUUUUAGUAUUGUUACAUUUGGCUCGAAUUCUGGAACAGAUGGCUGCUGUUGAAGCUAUUUGAUUUCUUCAAAGUUGUCGAGAUGUUUGGAGCAGAUAUUAUUCUUUUUUUUGCUAAGUGCUGCAAGCUGUUAAGCAUUAUUUGGCCUGUAAAGUGUAUAUAUGCUGUACUUCUUGACUUCCAUGUCAUAUAACCCUAAUCUAAUAUGCAUUUGUGCUUAUUCGGAGAA